GAUCAGAGAUGUGAAGGAGCAGAGAAGUGAAGGAGCAGAGGAGUGAAGGAGUGAAAGAGCAUACGAUGCUUUCUAAAAAGAGAUUUCUGUCUUCAUCCACCUCCUCAGAUUAACCUUUGCUAGUUUCAGACCAGAUUAGUCGGAGAUGUGGAGAGUUCAGGAGUCUAAUCUGAGUUUGUGUUGAUGUUUGGAGGAUUAUAGAAGAUGGACGAAGACGAUGGAGGAUUAUAGAAGACGGACGAAGACGAGCUGCUCAGGAUUCAUCUUCGUUGUCUUCUCGGUCAGCCAGGUGUUUGUCUCGUCCAUGUGGGGUUACUACUUCCUGGGUUCCACCAUGUGUGCACUGGAGGCUGCCAUGGGGUCAAUAGCAGGUCUGGUGACUUCCUGGUCGUUGGCCGUCCUGUCUUUUGAACGAUACCUGGUCAUCUGUAAACCAUUCGGAUCCUUUAGGUUUGGCAGUAAUCAUGCUGUGGCUGCUGUCACCUUCACCUGGUUCAUGGGGAUCAGCUGUUCCGUCCCACCUUUCUUCGGGUGGAGCAGGUACAUCCCUGAGGGUCUGGGCUGCUCCUGUGGUCCUGACUGGUACACGCACAACGAGGACUUUCACUGCAGCAGCUACGUAAUCUUCCUGAUGGUGACCUGCUUCAUCGUUCCGCUCUCCAUCAUUGUCUUCUCCUACUCCCAAUUACUGAGCUCCCUUAGAGCUGUCGCCGCCCAGCAGACGGAGUCUGUCUCCACCCAGAAGGCAGAGAAGGAAGUAUCCAGGAUGAUCAUCAUGAUGGUGUGUUCCUUCCUCUCCUGUUACGGUCCCUACGCUCUCGCUGCUCUUUACUUCGCCUACUCUUCAGAUAAAAGCAAAGAUUAUCGCUUCGUCACCAUCCCAGCGUUUUUCUCCAAGAGCUCUUGUGUCUACAACCCAUUAAUCUACGCCUUCAUGAACAAACAGUUUAACUCCUGCAUCAUGGAAACAGUGUUUGGAAAGAAAAUGGACGAAUCAUCUGAAGUCUCUUCAAAGACAGAAGUUUCUUCAGUUUCCACAGUUAAUUAAAAUUUAGAACAAAAUCAAACUGACAGGAGGAAAAAUUCUUCACACAAGUCCGACUUUGUUAAAUACAAAAACAGCAGCUGAUGUUUAUUUUAAUGUAGAACAAGUUUUUAGAUGAAUGCAAAAACAAAGUUUAAUAAAAAAAUAUUCCAAUG